CCGAGCCAAUAAGCUUCGUAUGUUAUUUAGAAAUCAGAGAAAAAUGGCUGUUGGUACAUAAUUGUUGGAAUAUCAUCAACGAAAAGAAAAAUUAUUGCUAUUACGUAUGGAGCGAUUUUAAAGAAAUUAGUUAAAACUAAAUUGUGAAUGUUCCUUGGAUUUAUGUAAUUUGUAAAUUUGGAAAAAGAAAAAUGUGUUCUGAGUCUUUCUACUACGUUUUGGCAGUCGCUUUGUCUUUGCCAUCGUGGCUUCCCUUUCAUUUCGUUUCUUAAAGAAAUGGAACCAUGAAGCUACUACAUAAAUACAUACAUAUACAUAUACGAGCGGAUCUGAUAUCAUGUGAUACAUUGUUCCAUGCUGUUCAAUUAAUUAUUUUAUCGCCGAUAUUAUUGUCCAAAAUAUAAUACGCCAAAAUUGCUGCGAAUUUCGCAAAAAAAAAAAAAGGAAAAAUACACAGGUCAACAAUGGAUAUGUAUUUUGUUUGUAUAUACAUAUGUAUGUAUAUACAUUUGUGGUGAGCACACGCACAUGCAUGAGCACAUGCACAUUUCAGGGUGUGUUUGCAUGUAAAUAUGUUUGUUUUACCUUGAUACAUACAAACGUGUGUAUGUAGAAGAAUUGCGGCUGUAUACCAACUGAAAAAUGGCGAUUUUAUAAGUGUUGCCAACGCUCUAUAGCUGCAAUGCGGGCGAAAAAUUUUAAACGUGAUUGACAGCUGUCAAAUUUACUUGUGAAUAUGUGGGAGUAUCGAUGCCUUAUGUGGCAAAUAUGCAUGAUUUCUGGCUAAUAUUUUAAAUAGUUUAAAAGUGUCGAUUUUUAUAACUAAGAUUUUCUUAAGUUUUAAUUGGAAUAAGGAAAGUUCUUAACAAGACAUUAAUUUUGCUACAAAAAGCACACACGUUUUAACGAGUUUCCACAAAAAAAAGAGGCAAAAUUAUCCAUUACUAAUAUUCAAUAUAGUUGGAUAAGAAAUUUAGAAAGCGGAAUAGCUUGGUUUUAAAAUACAUACAUACAUAUGUACAUGUAUGAGAUAUGUCAAAAUGUCUGAAGAGAGCAAUAAUACAGUGAUUUGUGAUACUAAUAUCACCACAACCAGCACAAUGUCCACCACCGAACCCGAAAAGGAAACGGCAGCAAUCGGCACAGUUGUGUCCACAAAACCUGCAGACACAGAUACAACCGUUGAGACUGUCGAUAUUGAAGAUUUAGAGGAUGGUGAAAUCGAUGAAGAUGAUGAGGAUGAUGAUGUUGUUGUUACAGGUGCCACAACCAGCACGAAUCAGGCGAAUACAAGUACUAAAAGCACCACAAAGAGCACCAAUGAUGCUUCCUCAACAUCAAAAACAAUCAACGAUGUGACGGUAAAAAUACCAAUAAUUGAUUUGUCACAUGACCAUACGCCAUCGCCGACCAGUGUUAGCAAUAGCAAGACGUCAGAAUCCAAGUCUCGUAGAUCGAAAAAAGGUCAACCCCCAACAGAUGAUUAUAUGGAAGAGGUGGAGAAAUCAUUAUCGAUUAUUUUAAUGAAAGCGGGCAAGGAACCACAAUUGCCCAAGUGUUUGGAAGCACGUCAACAACAGGAACCGAAGGAGGCUGACUCAACAGUCAGUCAAAGUCGAAGCAGUAGGCGAAGAAAGCGUAGAAAGCAACGCGAAGAGCGUGAAAAGGAGAAGGACAAAGAACGUAAAGAUAAGGAAAAAACCCGUUUCCAUUCACCCGAGCCAUACAAUGGCGCCCCACCACUGGAAGAUGAUGAGGAUGAUUUUGAAAUGUUGAAUGUGGUCGGUGGCAGUCCGUCUAGCACGCCCGUACCCAAAUAUGCACCGUCCGCUUAUCCCAUUUACGACUCCGCUGAGGAAUCAUAUACUUCCUACGAUAGCUGUGAUUCCUUAGAUGGCGAAAGAGGUGGUGGCAGCGAAAGUAAACGUCGACGAAGACGUAAUAAGAAAGAACGCAAACGUGGACGUGAUCGUGAGCGGCGAGCACGUAGUCGUGAGGAUAGUGCACGUGGUGGCGGACCAUCAGAGAAACGUUCGAGGCGUGAUUCAAACGAUGACAAACAUCGUCAGGAGCCGCGCAAAUUAGAGCUCUGCAAAUUCUAUUUAAUGGAAUGUUGUGCCAAAAAAGAUAAAUGUUCCUAUAUGCAUUCAGAUUUUCCAUGUAAAUACUAUUAUCUCGGCAUGGAAUGUCCCAAUAUAGAGACAUGCAAAUUUAUGCACGAAGCGCCAUUAUCCGAGCAAUUACGCAACAUACUUUUAAAGCAUUUAGAGACAGCGCCCAAAGAGAUACUUGGUAAUUUUAAACGUAUAUCACGUGAUAAUGCCAUUGCCAUGAUGACCAAACGUAAUGAGGAACUAUGUAAGGAAUAUAAGGUCGAGAAUACAUGGGCGCCGAUAGUUAAUAUUGCGACGAAUAAUAAUCGACGGGGUGGUCAUCAAGCUGGCGGUGGUGCUGUUGGUAAUAUGUUAAACGAUCAACAGCAGCAACAACACCAGCAGCAAAAACAACACAAUCAACAGCAACAGCAACAACAACAUCAACAACCACACAGUAAUAUACCCUCACUAUUCGAUAUUGUUGUAAAACCACCCGUAUCACUACUCAGUGUCGGUGAUAAACACCGUAAAUCACGUUGGACCGAUUCGCCAACACGUGAAGAGCCAACGACUACAACGCAAGAAAAUAAUACAAACUCAUUCCCUAGCUAUUUGGAUUUGAAAAAUCUUGAGGGUAUAAUGAAAGCGGAACAUAUACAGAAACUCACCACUUUGGGUAUAACCAAUUUGCAGGAAAUUAAUCAAUUCACCUUUGGUCAGUUGCAAAAGAUUGGCAUUGAUUUUGUAGAGAUAAGCGAAGUGCAGAAGAGAGUGCAAAGUAGAAUGGAAAACAAAGCCGAGACUGAGGAGGAGCCUAAAAUUCCUACAACACGCGAUGUUGAUAUGCGUUCUAUUCCUAGUGCUACAACAACAGCAUACUCGGAACCAAUAUCGAUGACAACGACGACAUCAGCGUCGUCACUAUGUCAUAAUCCCACUACGGACGGCGACUCGAAUAGUAAUAACAGCACUGGAGUGGUGCGUUUCGAAUAUUCACAAUAUUUAAAGGAUUCAAAUUUGGCAUUCGAUCGUUGUGAUGCAUAUGAUGAUGAGCGCGAUGAAGAGCAACUGGUUAUAGAUGAUCCCAACAUGGAACAUGAAGAGAAUCCACGUACGACAACAUCGACGUCUAAUGAAAAUGAUAAUGUUCAUGAUGAGCCGCCGAAAACCAGCGAUUUAGCGUCCAGACUCGGCUUACAUUUGAAUCCCUUCAAUCCCUUCCGCACAAAUCCGGGCGAUUUCCUAAAGAAUGAACACAAAUCAAACACCAAUAAUGCGAGCAGUAGUGGCUUCCAAUACAAUGAGCACAAACGCACACGCGGACGCUCACGUUCUCGUUCCCAUUCGCGUUCCCGCUCACGCUCACGUUCACGUUCACACACGCCAACACGCACACAAUCCAUAACGCCCGAAGCGUCCGACUCAGCAGACAAUGAUGAUGGUGAUGGUGGUACAACCAAAGCAAAACAACCCAUCUACGAGCGCAAAACAAUGUAUGACUUCGAUGCGGUACAAGCGCAAGAGGAUGAACGUAAACUAUCCGAGCGUAGCGAUAAGGAUAUGCGUUAUGUACCCGGCAGCAAUAGCAUGUUACCCUUCCAAGCAGUCACAAAUUACACACCCGCAACCGAAAUAGACGCUGCCAUGUCAUCACACCUGCCGAUGACAUAUAAAGUGCAUGAAUUCGAUAUGCCACCAGCGAAUUAUGCCGACUUGCGACGUAAUUUACGUGCCACAACAAACACAGCCGAUCCGCGUGUACGACGCAUACUCGGCUUACCGGAAACGCGCGCAACCAGCGUGGCUUUGAAGCGUGCGGGACGCAAACUCAGCAAUACAAUCGCAUCACCCGAAGCGGAUGACACGCCCAAAUACUAUACACCCCCAGCGCUGAGUAGUACGCAAAGCACGACGAAUGCCAGUGAACGUGAACGCCGUAUAGAGGAGCGACGCUCGAGCAUUAGCAAAACAGCGUCGCCAACUGUGUCCUCCUCCCGCACCGAUCCGCGCUUAGAUCCCAGAUGUGCGGCAAGCUCGGCAGCCACAGCAGCCGCUGCCAAAGCGAGUGAGGCCGACAAGACUAGCAGCGCAACGGCUAGUGCCAGUGGCACGGCUGGCGAUAGCAUAAAUGCACGUAUAACCGAUUUGGGCAAGAAAAUGCGUGAAAAUAUGCAAAAUUCCGAUUGGUAUCGCAAGCUAAAUUCGAAUAUGAAAAUACAAUACAAUCAAGAGUUGGCACGUCUGAUCACCGAACUGCGCCGCUUCCAUCAAGACACAUCCCCAGAUAAGAAUUUCAAUUUUAUAAAUUGUAAUAAGAAAAUUAUCGAUGACAUACUCAUACAACUUGGCAUAUUUAUUGAUGAAAAUGGCGAGGUGAAUAAAAUCGAGUUGGAUAAACCGGAUGACAGUGAGUUGAAUAUGAAUGCCGAAGCGCGUGGCGAUUAUAUGCAACAAUUGGAUUUCCCCAACCCCCAGUUGAAUAUGCCCAAUGCGGGUUAUCGUAAUCCAAUAGACUUUCGCUUUCCACCGCCGGCGCUGGGCGGUGGACUCGCCGGGCCACGCUUACCACCCAUAGCUGUAGCGGCAGCUGCAGCAGCAGCCGCUGCCGCCGCCGGUGGUGGUAUGCCACCAGGUGGUUUGGCUGGUGUUUUUAACAACAACAAUAACAAUAUGCCACAGCAGAGUUUGCUCGGUAUGCCACCGCUGUUCCAUCAAUUCAAUGCAGGCGGUGGCAAUUUCGCACCAACUGGUUCACAAAUGGCUUUCGGUUUCUUAAAUUUCCCACAACAAAUGGGCGGCGGCGGCGGUGGUGGUGGUGGUGGUCCACGUAAUUUCAAUAUGGACGGUGGUCAACAUAAUAGACGUAAUCCAAAUAAUCGUAGACAUUUUAUAUAACAAACGAAAUUAUUGAAUGAAGUGGGGGAGGAAAAGGCCGGGAGUAGUUAAAACUACAAAAACAAACACAAAAACAGAAUAUCAAUCGAGGACUACUAUAUAUAUGUGUAGAGAGAAAAGGAAGUGGUGAAUAUACAUAUGUAUAUUAAAUGGAAGACUUAAAUAGUUUAUAUGUUUAGUUAGUAGUGUAUGUAUAUACCAGUAAACAUGUAUUUAACGAUAAGUAAGAAAUUUCUACACAUUAAGUACAUAGAUACUAUGUACAUAAAUAACUACUUGAAAUAGAUGGCGUGUGACGCAAAUGCGUAUAUUUUAAAUCUCAGUGCGUACACUGUAAGGCAUAAAAUACUUUUCUUAACAUUUAAACGUAUGUAUGUAUUUUUUGCAACGGCCAUUGAUGAAUUUGUUAAACAAUAAUUUUAGCAAUUUUGUGAAACUAGUAAAUAGCAAUUAAAAUAACAAUGAUUUCCAUUAAUUU